GUGGUGGGCAUGUGAGUGUUUGAAGCAUUCCAGCCCACAUAAUUUCAAUUAUCCUUCAACUCUGUAAGAUUCAAGUUCAGUGUAUUUCUUUGGAUAUUCCAUCUUGUGUACUUAAAAUUACCAGUGUAAUUAGAUCAGUGGUCAUCUGUGUGGGCAGUUUAAAAUAAUUUGGCAAGUUUCGUAACCGAAGCUAGAUAAAAAUGGUAUCGUCUACGACACCUGGCAAGCCGGAAAACGGUCAUGCAGUGAAAGGAGUCCCUCCUGGCGACUACAGACUUGUCGGCUUUGACCUGGACACUACUGGUAGAAAAUUGAUUGAUGAAAUCUGCCAAAUUGCCGCCUACACCCCUUCUAGCACCUACAGUCAGUACAUAAUGCCUUACAAGAACCUUGAUUUCUUGGCCACCCGUAGACACCUAAUCCGCACGGUUAACACUGGCAGAUAUCGUAUCCUUAAAGAUAUGCAAAAUAACAAGGUAGUGAAGACCAAAAGUGAGAUCUCUGCCCUACGAGAGUUCCUCCAAUGGCUCAAAGAACAACAAGGUGACAAGAAAGCGGGCAUAAUCCUAGUGCGUUACGAAGGUAGCCAAAUUGUCCCAGCACUGCUCAUUGUCGCUCUUAAAAGAUACGACCUCCUAGACGAAUUUAAUGCUCUGGUAAAGGGAUUCGCUGACUGCCAGCCCUUGGCCAAAUCGAAGUGUGAUGCCACAAUUAACCCAGUAACUUUUCGAAAUGUCUGUAAAAUUUUACUCUCCGAACAGGACCCAAAAAUCUUCAACGCUGCUGACAGAGCCAACCUUGCUUACAGGAUAGUAGAACAUCUGACCCAAGGAGAGAGUGAUAACGCAGGAAGCGGAGAUGGAGCAACGCCGCAAGUGAACCUUGUAGAAGCCAUCCUGGAACACUCGCACAGCGUCGAAGACAUCGAGAACGACAUGGCAUCACUGCAAGUCAUCCUGAACCGACAAAACACCCUCAAGCCCAUCUUUGGUGGUCUAUUAAGUUCCCGAGCCAUUGCACUUAAGGAACGCAAGAACGCUAGUCAAUUACGCCGACUUCUCUCAGAAGCCAUGUUCGAUUAUAGUACAUUAGAAGAACUGUGGAACUCAGGCAAAGAAGCAAUGGUUGAACAACUUAAAUCAAAAAUAACAGUUGCUACACCUGAACAAUUAGAAGAAUUAGGCAAAAUCCUGACGGAGCAUUUCGAAAAGCCACCAGAAGAGCGCGAGUUCAAACCGCAGCCAAGAGGAGGCUUCCGAAAGACCAAUAACUACAAGAAGAGCCCAAAGAAAGCCGCAGCCGGUGAGAAGGAAGGAGAAGCCGAAUCCACGGAAGAGCCAAAGCCUGUAGCCGAAACAAAUGGUGUCAAAGAAGAGACCGCCACCUCCUAAAUCAUCUCAAGUAUUCAUGUUUCAAGUCCUCUGAUUUACGAUAUUUCCAGGUUGUCUCGUACCUUUCCUAAACCCCGUACUCUCUUUCUUUUCUAAUUUUUUAAAACCUUUUUGAUGCCUUUUUUUUGUAAUUUUGACACAAUUUUUUUACAACCCCUCGAAUCAACCGUACAGGGAAUUAAAGUUACUUUUUAAGAUUUUACUUACGUAGAGUCUACGUAAAUGUUUUUUUUUGCCCUCGAUUCAUUUUGAAUUUCUAAAAUUAUGCAGAAGAUUUUUUUAAUUUAAAAGUUUUCAUUCUCUCAAAUUAGCACGGAUGACAUUGGUUUUGAUGAAUUUCUUUAUUUCGGCUCGCUCCAAUAUAGUAAAUUAUCAGGACUUAAAUCAUGAGUGUGUGCCUUAUAUAAUUCUUGGCUAAACAAUUAAAUUAUUUAUUAUUUUAUAUUUACAAUUGUUCUCUCCUUUAAUUUGUAUGGCUCUAUCCCAUCAUAGACUUAAAAUCUCACGUGAAGUUCUCCUUUAUGUUUCACUAAAAACACGUGAAUGAUUAUAAAAAAAAAGUUUUUGAAGGUAAUUUUUUUACUACCUCUAGUUUAUUGUCCCCUGAAAUUUUUAUAUUAGUUUAAUUUUCCCUAUACGUCUUGACUUUUUCCUUGUGAACUACUCCUUUCAGCUGUUUGAGUUACUUUCGCCUUCGUGCCAGUAGUUCUUUUUCAUUUUACUUAACCCGCCAGUUUGGACUUUGUAUUUGUAUCAAGUUACUCCUAUGAAAUUUGUCUCGUUUAUGAUCGUUUUGUACUCGCAUCUGACUUGUCUUCGUUUUUUUCUCAUACAUUUUCUUACUUACUUGAGUAAAUUGUGUAAUUUUAUAAAAGUACCCUAAAUUAAUUUUAUACAACUUUCUUAAUCGUUCAAAAAUUCAGUUGCGUAAUUUUUAAUUACAUUCCUAUGGAUCACUUAUUUCAAAUAUACCUUUUCUUAUCUAUCUUUCAUUCGUCAGUUUCCUGAUGUUCGACAAAUGUAUCCAAA